GUCUUGGUUAGCGUGAAUGCAGUUGUUCAUGGUUUCCCCCAGUUCUUAUUUUGUGAGGGGAAGGCGAGAACCACUUGUAACUUCCUGUCCUGGGUGUAAAAAGCAGAAUAAAGUGUGUGGGGGGUUAACAAACACAGAAGAAACUUCACCAACAUGAAGCAGAUUCUAAGACACGUCUUACAGACCUGCGUUCUUUGGCUGCUUAUCGGUGAGCGGAUUCUGACUUUGUUACUUUCAAAGGGGGCUCCACUGUGGUAUACUGUAUCUAUGAUUGCGAGCCCCUGUUAAGGAACGGACGCUGUGUUUCUGCCCCCCCAGUAUAAUUCUGUAGAAUGUUUGCUGUUGGUUUGCAAUGAAUUCCCUGUGUUUAGAUAAUGUCCCAAUGUGUGGAGUCUGGAGCUUCUUUGAUUAUCUCACUAGUUACAUUGUUGUGGCAAGCGGCAUUCUGUUGGGAAUAAUUAGACUAAUAUUUUAAAGUAGGAUUGGCAAUGCUGAUACAUUCUGCAAUCUGCCGGGAAGGGCUAGAAAGUGCUGCUCCUGGCUUUUAUUAGUUACAUUUUCUUACAGUGGGAAUAUAUUCCACACCCUGCUGAGCAGCAUUUAAAAUCCUUGCCUGACUGGCUGUAAUUGGAGAUUUUAAUGGCACGUUCAAUAUCUGAAAUGAAUAAAAUGUUCCACUUGACAUCAUUCUGCAUUACCUUGAUUAUCACUUGGUGUUAAAACGGGGAACUCACCACUUUCCCCAUUGGAUUUAUAAAUUAUACGAAGAAGUAAUUGAAUUAAAAACGUUUUUUCCAGCUCAGUUAUUUGUCGUUUACUGAUAAAAUUCCCAACAAGUCGUGGUUUAGUGAAUGUCCUUGGACGAGCUGAGUGGACGUUGAGAGAGUCCGGUGUAUUGAGUUCUAGCUCUGUGAUUUCUCAGUAGUGCCGCAGUGUUUCAUAGUCUUUGAUCUGAUCUUUAAACAUGCGCAGGAACCAAAGACGAGGCGUAUGAGAGGUUUCAGUUUGACGUUUGAGUUUCCAGCAGAUUUGCCCUAUUUUACUGCGGAAUGUUCCAGAGCAGACGUUCGUAAACCACAUUUAUUCAUGUACAAUAAUCACUAACUCUGUGCUAUAUCGUCUAUAAAUCUAUGGAGUUUCCCUUUAAAUUCUAUCAAAUUAUCUGUAAAAUGGCUUUCUAAAAUACCCAGGCUGUAAACAUUUGAAGUUUGAGAAUUUUUCUAAAUCAAGACUUUUUACCUAAAUAUGAAGUUUGAUUUUCUAUUUCUCUACAAUCCAGUGCUUACGGAAUUUAACCCUUUUAUGGCAAUCGUGUCGCUAGUAAUGGCAACCACACUACCAGGUCAAUCAAAAAAACUAAUUAAGGCUAAUUUAGCAAAGAUGCAAAAUUAUGAAAACUCCCCCCUCUAUCAAACACAGAGAUUAUUCGUCUUCUCCACAAUUUACAUUUAGGAUAUGAACUAUUUUGCUGUUUCCAUAUAAUCAUUAUUAUAAUCCAUUCAGGUAAUUUACUUCAAAGAAGAGAAUUUUAAAUUUAAGAACAAAAUAGUGAACUCUAAUAAUUCUCUUCGGCUAUACUUUCAGUUCGGCUAUUCUGGGCUUAGAUUUAAAAUGUAUUCACUGUGAAUUUUAACUUUAGUAGCAACAGAACUGAUUAUUUAACCCCUUGCAUCCUGGAGGCAAUGGCUGGACAUGGUGUCAAUCAUUCUGUGGAUCCAACUGAACUCACUAAUUAGAUUGUAGAAAGACAAGAAAUAGUGAAAGGGUUAUUCACUAACACACAGCUAUUCACCAACACACCGUUAGUCACUUACACACCGUUAUUCACUAACACAACGUUAUUCACUAGCACACCGUUAUUCACUAGCACAGUGUUAUUCACUAACACACAGUUAUUCAUUAACACACUGUUAUUCACUAGCACACCGUUAUUCACUAACACACUGUUAUUCACUAACUCACUGUUAUUCACUAACUCACCGUUAUUCACUAGCACACUGUUAUUCACUAACACACUGUUAUUCACUAACUCCCCGGUUUUUAACUAAGUCACUGUUAUUCAUGAACACACCGUUAUUCACUAACUCACUGUUAUUCACUAGCACACUGUUAUUCACUAACACACUGUUAUUCACUAACUCACCUUUAUUCACUAACUCACUGUUAUUCACGAACACACCAUUAUUCACUAACUCACCGUUAUUCACUAACACACCGUUAUCCACUAACUCACCGUUAUUCACUAACUCACUGUUAUUCACUAACUCACCGUUAUUCACGAACACACCGUUAUUCACUAACUCACCGUUAUUCACUAGCACACUGUUAUUCACUAACACACUGUUAUUCACUAACUCACGUUAUUCACGAACACACCGUUAUUCACUAACUCACUGUUAUUCACUAACUCACUGUUAUUCACUAACUCACUGUUAUUCACUAACUCACUGUUAUUCACUAGCACACUGUUAUUCACUAACUCACCGUUAUUAACUAACUCACUGUUAUUCACUAACCUUUAUUCACUAACUCACUGUUAUUCACUAACUCACUGUUAUUCACGAACACACCGUUAUUCACUAACUCACCGUUAUUGACUAACUCACCGUUAUUAACUAACUCACUGUUAUUCACGAACACACCGUUAUUCACUAACUCACCGUUAUUCACUAACUCACCGUUAUUCACUAGCACACUGUUAUUCACUAACACACACUGUUAUUCACUAACUCACCGUUAUUCACUAACUAACUCACUGUUAUUCUACUAGCUACACUGUUAUUCACUAACACACUGUUAUUCACUAGCACACUCACCGUUAUUACUAACUCAACUCACUGUUAUUCACUAGCACACUGUUAUUCACUAGCACACUGUUAUUCACUAACACACUGUUAUUCACUUACUCACUGUUAUUCACUAGCACACUGUUAUGCACUAACUCACUGUUAUUCACUAACAUGAUAAUUCAAAGUGAUUUGAAUAUUAAGCUAGAAAAUGCAGAAGUAGAAACAUUCUCUAAUUCACUUUCAGGGUUAUUUACCAAAGUGAGAAUUCAAAUUGGAAAUAAAAUUGCAAAUUUGGAGCUAAAUAGCUGCACGGGAUAAAUGGCCAAUGCAGUUUGACUAUUUUAUUCUAAAUCCUUGAUUGAUUAAACUAAUUUGUGUUGGAAACAAAUACCCUGGAAGUGUGUGUUGUUUGUUCUGUUUGAAUAUGAAGAAUGAUUUCUGGAUCACAUCCCCACGCUUUCCACCUCACUCUUGUUAUAUAUUUUCCUCGAGGCGUGUUGGGAUCUCUCCCUACACAGAGUGCUAUGAUGGCUUGACAACUGGUUUGCAUUAAUUAGUAAAUCUCCUAUAAACUGGUUUGUUUUAUUUAAUUGCCAAACUGGAAUUCUUCAAGCCUGCUAUGUUUUCAUUUGACUAUGACAGGCUGAAAUGAGAAUCUCGCUUCGAAUUCCCAACAAGUCACGCUUUAGUAAAUAGACCUGUUCACACAUUGGUGAAUAACACAUUUGCAUGUACAAACUUUUAGAUGGAAAUAAAAGCCAUUUAUAAUAUCAGAGAAACAUGCGUUAGAGGCGUUGCAGCAAUGAGCUGUAGUGGAUCUCGUACUAAGACAUAUUUAUGUAAUGUAUGUAUUAAUAAGACUUGCUUUCUGUCAGGAUUACUGUUUGAUCCAGCACGUAGAACUGUACAGCACGGAUGACAAAUAAGUAACGUAUUACCGGUCCUUAGAAUGGCCGGAUUUAACGUACAAAGAAUAGUCAAAAAUACUAGCCGAGGUCAGGGAACACAGAAAGGGACACAGCGAUGAGGAAAGCCAGGAGUCAGGAUACCAGAAUAUAGAGAAGUCAAUAAACAAAGCCAAAGUCAAAAACCAGGUAGAAAACUAUAAACAGGAACGCGCUCUCAGACAACCACAAGGGAAACCACGACAGGGCACUGAGCAGGCUGAGAACUGGGCCUAAAUACCCCUCCUUUAGUUCUGAUAGGCUGUAACCGGCCUUUGACCCCAAAGUCAGUUACCAGGUUUCAUUUGCAUAAUUGCUGCUCAGCAUUAACCCUUCUGUGGAUUAGGUUGCUGCUCGGCACAACUUUUCCUGUGUGGACAGUAAAUGUCAUUAACCACAUUUCUAUAACCGGAUGAAUAUGUGACACUUUCCUGCCUCAUUGUAGCCAGUGACAGACUCAGAGUGCUGCCAUGUUGUCACAGCGAGAGUCACAGAGCUUGUCAGACUGCUCAAAUGUAUCCACAUAAUAGGGGGUGGGAGAAGUGGCAAUGUUUUAGCUCAAUUUAUGUAUCUGAGAUGGGGGUGUCAGGGGAGAAUUCCAUCUCACAGAGCGGUCAGUCGGAGAUAUAUAUAUAUAUUAAUUAUUCUCUUCAAUGCAGGAUUAGCAAACCUAUAACGCCAAUCUCUUUUAUUGGAGUGUGGGUGGAAUGCCCUCUCCUUGUUAGGUAGUCUCUAUGCUGGUUCCUGUACAAACUGCAUUAUUUAAAGUCAAUAACUUUCUUCUGUAAUUGUAUAAUUCUCUCCCCCUCUCCAGGACCCAUGCCUGACAUUAUCCCUCUUUAGUCCCAUUUCUUUGGAACUUCUCUCGUCUCUCUGUUAUGACAUCCUGGAUAUUUUCAAACUUCCUACAAACAAACCAGUUAAAGUUAAAGUACCCACAAUCAGUUCCCCAUCUCCAUCAUUCCUUCUUCCAUUCUCUGUUAUUUCUUUAAAACCUAGGUGUUAACUUGAAUUCUUCCACAUAUCCUCCAGUAACUCCAUCUGCAAUGUACUCCUCAUUAAAAGUCCAAAAUUCUAUCCAUUUACCUCCUUUUCAACCACCUUCCAAAUUACAAUUUAUCAACGUUACAUCUCAAUAUCUCUCCUCACUCUCCGCUUGCUUCAACCCAUAACCCUACCUGUCCUGGCCCUUUUCUUACCUCCACAUCCCUCAACUCUUCCCAGCUUCCUUCUACUCACACGUCUUGCUACAGUGUCCCAUCUCUCCACUAUCCCACCUCUACAAUCCAUUCCUCACUCUUAUAUACCUCUUACUUAUUCUAUUGACCCCCUCCCCAGGUAACCUUCCAGUGGGCACUUUUUGUGAAGCCCCAAAAAUGUACCUAUUCAAAAACAUCUUCUCCUUUGUUUCAAACAGACAUACAUUCCUAAUAAUCUAAGCAUGGUUUUACGACUUACCUGACAUUCCACCAAGCACCAGUCACCUCCUAUUGUGCAUCCAGAAGCUCUUAGUAUUUACAUAGCUCAGUGGAGCUAACAGAAGCUUCUUGCUGGACCUUCCACCUUCACAGGAAACUGAGAGCAAAGGAAAUUUGUCAAACCUUCCACAUUCAGUUUCACUACUUAGACAGGGAGGGCUUCAGAUCACGUCUGGCACCAUAACCACUACAACAGAAUGUAGUGGUUAUAGUGCUUGGAGUGUUCUUUUAUCAGUCCACUUUCAACAGCUGUUCUGAUGGCAUUCCCAUCUCGGUCUAAUGUUUGUGUACCUAUCAGGAUGACAACCACGUGUUCUAUCAUCUACUGAUAGCUAAGCUUGUCUGAUUCCACCCGAACCCUCAGUGUUUGUAUUCCUGUGUCCAGUCUCUGUUCCUAACACUCUCUUUUUUUAUUGCAGGCCACACACAAUCAUCAGACCCAGGUAAAACAAUCAAGACGUAUUGCAAUAUUUAGUUAUCUAUCUUAUAAUUUAAUAUCUUAAGCGGAACGAAAGAAUCGCUUUAUAAAGUGUGUUGCAGAAUUUUUUUGUGGUUGACAUAUACAAUGUGUAAUUGUAUAUUAUAGAAUAAUUUAUUCCUGCUAGAUACACCGACCAUGGCAUCAUAUUACUGCAUUGUAUUAAACAAUUCCAUAUCUGGAUAUUUUCAAUCAAAUUCCCAAACUCAGAGCAGAAAUGUAACCGAAUCACAAACCAAUUAAAUAGAGCAAUAGCCGAGCAAAAUCAUUUUCAUUUGUGAUUCUGGAUUCCGCCCAUGGCAAUAAUAUAUAGAGAUGAUUGAUAACUAGCAGGGGACAGUCAAAGCUACACACAGACACACACACUUACACACAGACACACACACUUACACACAGACACACACACACACACUUUCUGCUCGUCCCUCUAUUGCUUACUUUUUCUGACUUGAUCUGGAAAACAGAUGGCGGGAACAUUCUCCUAUCAGUCUACGGCAAUAUAUAUUCAUAUUAUAUUAUCAAUAUUAUGCACAUGUUUUGCAACCCACUGAUUAUUUGGUUUGUCUGAUUUGUGUCCAAAUUGGGGUUUUGGUUCUGAAAUUCUGCCGUGCACAAACCAACAUAUUGUCAAAAUUUGGGCAUCCUAGAAACAUGGUUCAGAUGAACUGAAUUUUCUGUCUGCAGACAGUCUAGUCCAAGGGUAGGCCAGUCCUAGUUAUUAAAAUUGAGGUGUGCAAGUUGCCAGAUUCUGCUUGUGUUAUUUAUACUGCAGUUGCUUUGUAUCAUUUUAUUUGUGCGUAUAUCUUCGUGUAUAAAACCUAUGAAUGUGGGUUGUGUAUGUGGGAGGCUGCUUGUGGAAUUGUGUGUGAAUGCAUAUGUCACAUUGUGUGUUUGGUAGUGGGUGUAUGUGAGGGGCUGUUUGGGGUAUUGCAUGUGAGAGGCUGCAUGUAUGUGGAUUGUCAGUGGUGUAGAGUUUGUGCCGAUUGUGUAUUGUGUUUGUGUGUUGGCUGUUCGUAUUAUUUGUAUGAGGGGAGGGUUAUUCUGCAGCUCUGUGUAUAUCUAGCAGUGUGGAUGGCUUCCCUGGGUUCCAGUGGGGACCAGGCUGGUCAGGUACAGCUCAAGGACAGGAUCUGCAACAGCAGCUGCAGGCUGCACUACUACUGUGUGGAUACCCAUUCACAAGUGCUGGGAGGAAGUAAUCUGAGAUCACUUACUCUAUGUGCUGCAAUGCAUAAAUUGAGGAUUGUGCUUCACCACCUCUUCAUAUUAGCAGAUAUCUGAAGUUUCUCUGGGACUCCUGAUAGGCCAGAGUGCGUUUGGCUCUAGCAGCCUCGAGUGCCGUGCAUGGCACACAUGCCAUAAGUUGCCUACCCAUGGUCUAGUCCUUCACUUAAUCUCUUUCUGCCACCAACUGGACACAAAUACCUCUUAGUUACCUCUGAAUGUGUAGCUACAAACUGGAGAGAGCUGCAGAAUAAAUGAAUAUAGAGUUUCCACCAUUUACCUCUGUACCAAUUUUGGUGCCAAAAGACAGAAUGGGCAGCCAUUGCCAGCCUUUGAGAAUAGACAUUCCCUUGCAUUCACAGUGGCGGCCAUUUUGGAAGUAUACAUAGUAUUUUAAUGUACGCACUGACUGCUCAAUGCUUACAUUCCAUUUUUAUAUCUACAUGAAAAACAUCAUUUUGUGGAAUAAAAAACCCAGAACUAUAAUAAUUUACAUUUAAACUUCUCCAUGUGCUCUUUUACAUUAGGUCAGUUUAUACAGUAUCUUCUAUCUCUUUUACUUUGGGAAGAAAACACUAUUAGUUUAUUUACUAAAUGGUGAAGUGUAGCAAAUUGAAAACUAAAUUUGAAAAUUCAGGGUAAAACUACCAAGAUUUAAUGGCAGCUGAGUAAGGUUUUUAAAGUUCACCUCUUUUUGCCUAAAUAUUGCAAAUCAGUUUCCAAUUCACUACAAUUCACUGCUUAGUAAAUAAACCAAUAUUAAUGUGUUUAAAUCAGUUUAAUAUACAGGGGAAGCAAAAUAGGGAAGGUAUUCUUUUUUUUUUGGGGGGGGGGGAUAAUGGGGGUAGGAAAAUGGGGUCUAGAUUUUACAGUGCAGAACACAUCAUGACCCUCUAACCCUCCAGUGCUGGUGGUACGAGAAAAGAAAAAUGGAAAUCUCCUUUGUAAAUUCAAAAUACCAUAUUCUGAGAAAGUGAAACUGAAUUAUAUUAAAAACAAACAAAAUGGUGGAGAGAGGUUAUGUUGGGAGAGACUGCAUUGAGUGAUGCGGUGUUGGGAGAGACCGCAUUGAGUGAUGCUGUGUUGGGAGAGACCGCAUUGAGUGAUGCUGUGUUGGGAGAGACCACAUUGAGUGAUGCUGUGUUGGGAGAGACCACAUUGAGAGAUGCUGUGUUGGGAGAGACCACAUUGAGAGAUGCUGUGUUGGGAGAGACCGCAUUGAGUGAUGCUGUGUUGGGAGAGACCACAUUGUGUGAUGCUGUGUUGGGAGAGACCACAUUGAGAGAUGCUGUGUUGGGAGAGACCACAUUGAGAGAUGCUGUGUUGGGAGAGACUGCAUUGAGUGAUGCGGUGUUGGGAGAGACCACAUUGAGUGAUGCUGUGUUGGGAGAGACCACAUUGAGUGAUGCUGUGUUGGGAGAGACUGCAUUGAGUGAUGCUGUGUUGGGAGAGACCGCAUUGAGAGAUGCUGUGUUGGGAGAGACCGCAUUGAGUGAUGCCAUGCAGGGAGGUGACAUGUUUAAGUGAGUAGUAAAAGCUAUUUUGUCAAUAUUUAAGACAAAGAAACGUAUUGCAAGACGACGGAUUCUCACUAUCAAUAUAAAAAAACCUGAUUGCAUCUAUUAUUAUUAUUAUUAUUAUUAUUGUUGUUUCUAUAUGAUAAAGACAGAACCAGAUAACAUUUUAGACUGUUCCAGUCCUUUAAACGAGUGGUUCCUCAAUCUUUUUUGGACCAAGGCCAACCUUAGUGAGUGGAUAUUUCCAGGUGUACCAUCAGUAUACAUGAGGUUAUAAAUCUCCUGCUAUGGAAAUGUUAAUCUGCCUGUUCUCCAUUUUCUUUGUGUUUGGAUUGUAACAUUUUAUCUUUAAUCAAAGUGUUUUUCUUUUUUAGAUUCUGUGUGUAAUAACUGUUACCACAUUGACAACGUAACACUGGCCGGCGUGAUCAUAGGGGACGUCCUGUUAACAAUAAUUAUAAUCUUGAUUGUAUAUUUUUGCACUAAGCAGACCUUCCAAAAACGUGCAGCUUCUGGUAGGUAACAAGGUCUGAGCAAGCGGGGCACUAUUUAGCUAAUACAGGCGUCCACUUCAUGGCUUAUCGACUUCUGUCAAAAAGUAAUUCUGAAUGCCUGUCAGGGAAUUCUGGGUAACGUAGGUCAUCUCUAACUGUGGGGACACAUUAGAAUAUCCUUGCCAUAGAGAAUAAAAAUGACUGGUCCAUUCCUCAAAAUAUACAAGGUCAUUUAGUGGGAGGAGCAUUAAAGCCCAUUUUCAGGACCAUUCAUGUCAGGGGAUGAAGGCUGUAACUCCAAAUAUACACAGAGGGUUCAAUUACACAGCACUGAGGUCAAUAUUGUAAGUAAACAUGAGAGAUCUUUUGUCAGAUAGCUGGUAACAGUGAAAUAUGACAUUUAGAGUUACUGGACACACUGGAUUUCAUGUCCCAAUUAGACAGCUCAAAUACAUUUUAUUAUUCCAUUGCCCAAAUUUUAAAAAAAUCCCUAAAAAUUAUGAUUUAGUAGAUAUACUCCUAAUGAAAACAGUCAUGUGUCCUGUGGUGUCCAAUCACAGACUUCCCAAUGCAGCUCAAUGAGCAGUCUUUGCAAGGCAGGUGCUCUGGGCAAUUGCUGCCUCUUGAGUUUAUCUCCAAUGAGCUAUACAACAAGGAAAUAAUAGGACUGGGUGUCUGAUUGACAGCUAGGGGGGUGUAACCAGGUUAAUUUAUAAAAGUGCCAUUUUCUAUUGAAAUCUGAACUUUUUGUAAAAUGAAAUAAAGAGGACACACUCCUCCCACAUAAAGCUUUUCAGCAAGUUAAACUGCUUUAGCGGUAUGGAUUGUCCCCUUUAAGAUAUACUGCAUAACCCUGAUUGUAUGAGCCAGUUUAAAGAUGUUAAGAUGCUGAUGGAAGAGGAUUGUGAUUCUUAUGUUUAAGGGUUACAUCAUUGGUAAAGCAGGUUGGUCACAGUACAUUGAUAGAGGCUCCAUUUCUACCAACUGAUGUCAUCCUUCCCACAAGUCUCCUCUCAAUGAAUUCAUUCCUAAAAUAAUAUAAAUCAAUCAAAUCCAAACCAUGAAAGGAAAUAUUUGGGUAUUUCAAUUUGUAACAAUAUAACAGUAACUUACAAUACAGCAAUCAAUAUAACACAUUGUAACAAUGUAACAGCAAUCAAUAUAACACAUUGUAACAAUGUAACAGCGAUUAAUAUAACCCAUUGUAACAGUGAUUAAUAGUGCACGUUGUAACAAUGUAACAGCGAUCAAUAUAACACAUUGUAACAAUGUAACAAUGAUUAAUAUUACACAAUGUAACACUGAUUAAUAUUACACAUUGCAAUAUUGAUUAAUAUGUGCGUUGUAACAAUGUAACAACAAGUAAUAUAACACAUUGUAACAAUGUAACAUCGAUUAAUAUUGCACAUUGUGAAAGCGAUUAAUAGUGCACGUUGUAACAGCGAUUAAUACUACACAUUGUAACACUGUAACAGUGAUUAAUACUACACAUUGUAACAAUGUAACAGCGAAUAAUAUGGUAAUAUAAAAUAAGUCAUAUAACACAUUGCUACAAUGUAACAGCACGAUCUAACUAUUGUGUCCCUAGAAGAGAAGAAAAUUUACAUGAACAUGCCGACCAGAUAGACGCCGUCAUUGGCUCCCAUAUCUUCUACUGACACCACGCAGAAACCAUUUUUGCUUUAUUCCAUCUCUGAAAUCUGCAAACAGGACUUGGAUACAUAAUUUUUCUGAUUUAAUAAGGCGCUAUCAGAGCCCAUCCAGGCAACCAAGCUCUUCUAGAAGACAGAGCAGGUCACCAAACUAUAGAUAUUGGUCAUUUCCGUAACUUAGCUAUAGCACAAGGUCAAUUAUAAAUGCUGUAUAGAUCCAGUUACAGCGCAUGCACAACCUUAAUACACAAUAAUUCAUAAAUGAAGUCCAGGUGAGGGUUCCAUUGUGCCAUUCACAGUCACUUAUUUCAUGCCAAUGCUGGUGUCUAAUCAAUCUGAGUUUUGGUGGAGUCCAUUAAUGGCCAUUGAUCAUGAUUAAGCUGACUUUUCUUGUGCCAUGUCUGCUAAGCCUGCAUUGUACAAAAUCCAGAACAUCAUACUCACCUUUAAGAAACAAGUCACAGGAGAUAAGGUCUACCAACGCUGGUCCUGCAGAAUUUCAGGGCACGUCCUCUAGAGUCACGAAAAUGUAUUCCAGGGGUUUGUGUUAUCCAAGAAGAAAGGGGUUCAUUGGAGAUGUUUAAUCUACACAACUAUCUUGACCAAUGGUGGACAUGUCGUUAAUCUGAAAGAAAGUAAUUUCUCUUUGAUAAAUCCCAGUCAUUCAGCUGUUAAUUCCAGAAAUGUGACCCUCGUUAUAUUCUUAGAAUGGUUAAAGUAAUAUUUUUUUCUGUUAAUUUUAAACUCCUAACAAUAAUUCACAAAUCCUGCAACCCAUGGUAAUAUAUAUUAAACACAUAUUUAGAAACAUUUCUGUGAUUAUUCUAUAGCUGUACAUUUGUAUGAAUAUAUAGAGUUGAAAAGAAAAAUUGUGCUAAUUCCGUUUUUACUUUUUUAUUGAUUUUCCAAAUAAUAUAUAUUUAAUAAAGUUACAUUUAAUGCAUUUAUUUAUUCUACAUUACGCCAUUAACACAGCGAUUUUCCAAGGAUAGUAGACCUACUAAAUACAGUCUUUCAUUCUGUUUUUAUCUUCUUUCACCAUUCACAUAUAAGGACUUAGGUGUAUUCUAUAUAAUCACUUAUUUAUGUUUACUUUACAUAUAAACAGAGCAGGUAAACCUGAUUGAUAUUUUAAUGGUGCUCAAAGUUACAAAACAUUAUCUCUGAUAAGGAAUGUUUAGAAAAAAUUGUUGUACACCAAGAUUGUGAAUUGAGUAACAACUGAAUAAACUGUGAG